CGAGCGGAGCGCGCCUCGCGCUCUCCAGGAAUAACCGUUUGGCGCGCAGCGGCGCAGGAGCCGCGGGCCGAGCAUCGUCGCUGGCGUGCAUAUCCCGGAUGUCGCAUCGUCUGGAUGCGGCCGGGCGUGUCGCCAUUCCUUUUGAAGUUCGGGUGCACGUUCGUGCGAGGCUGACAAGCUAAUGCCACACAGAUGCCACCCCCUCCCGUCCCAUUCCCUCUGCGCUAACCAUCCUUCGAUCAUUAGUCAUACAAAUUAGAGGGAUGCCUCUCCGUCCGGAGAAACGGAGCCGUCGAUUUUCAUGGCUUUUCUUUCUGCUUUCAGUACGCGGGCAUACGCAUCGGCCCAGUGGUCAAGAAGGAUGUGAUGAAGGCGUCGAUAAUGUUGGAGCACGACGUCGUGUACGCCACGAUUCUCGCGUUCGACGUGAAAAUUGAGCGCGACGCCCAGGAGCUGGCUGACACGCUGGGCGUGAAGAUCUUCCUGGCCGACAUCAUUUAUCAUCUGUUCGACCGCUUCACCGAGUACAAGGAGCAGCUCAAGCAGCGCAAGCGCGACGAGUUCAAGCACAUCGCCGUCUUCCCCUGCAAGCUCAAAGUCUUGCCGCAGUUCAUCUUCAAGUCGAGAGAUCCGAUCGUUAUGGGUGUGAUGGUGGAGGCUGGCAUCGUCAAGGAGGGAACGCCAAUCGUCGUGCCCAGCAAAGAGUUCGUCGAUCUCGGGCUGGUGACGAGCAUCGAAUGCAACCACAAGCAAGUGGAGCAGGCGCGCAAGGGCCAAGAGGUUUGCAUCAAGAUCGAGCCGAUACCCGGCGAGGCGCCCAAGAUGUACGGGCGACAUUUCGACGAGAAGGAUAUGCUUGUCAGCAAGAUAAGCCGACAGAGUAUAGAUGCCUGCAAGGAUUACUUCAGAGACGACCUGAUGAAGAGCGACUGGACGCUAAUGGUUGAACUCAAAAAGCUCUUCCAGAUUCUCUAAUCGCAACGCGUAAUUGUCGCGUUGGAGUGUGCUAAACAACAAGUUUGCUCACAUUGACUUUUUGUACAUGAGACAGCCCCCUUAUCCCUACCUUUCUUAUUUAUCCGUUUUUACGUUCACCCGCACAUACACUUAGAUACAUAAAUGCGUGCGCUAUAAAAUGGCCAAUUCACGUGGAUAAUACGUGAUAUCAAGUAGUUUGUAGCUCCAGAGAAGAUUUGUUUCCUACGUAUGCGUUUGCUUUUUAACGGUUUUUUUAAAGAAUGAUUUUUAAAGAAUGAUUUUUAAAUAAAGUUUUUAUCUAGAUAAAUCCGAAAUAGCAACUGGUCAGAUUUAUAAGUUGUUUUCAAUCAUUUUCGAUACUCCGUGCGCAAAGUGCGUCUUUCCCGCACGCUCGGCAGAAAACGUGCGUUGAAAAUCGCACUUUCCACACGUCGUAUCAAAAAAUACGGUACGACACAUAUUCGGGAAAGAGUUUCUUGUCUCGUGUGGCGUAUACGCCCGAGCGAAGCUAGUACAUUACGCACUUGUAUCGUAAUGUACUAUUUCGCAACGAGAGCGUUUUUUUCAACAAAGCAACAGACGAGAAAUGAAAAUGAAAAACGAUUCGUUUUUUUUAAAGAUGAAGUGGAAAGAAAAUCGUAAGAUACGCGGAGUUUGUACAGACGCAUUAUGAAUGUGAUUACUUGUAGCACAAACAAAAAAACAACAAAAAGGUAACGAAUAAUCUCAUAUAAAAAAUGAAGCGAAGAAUUAAUCUAAACGUGUAAAGAAACAAAUAAUAAUAAUGAGCAAAAAGUAGAACAGAUAUGAGAAACAUUAAAUUUGUGCAUUCGCGAAAAAGAAUUAGAAUUAUACAUGUUAGUUAAGUAGGUGCUGUAUGACAAAGGAAUUACGUACACACAUUCACAUAUGUAGAGAGGCUAAAAUUUAAAUAUACCCAUGUAUCUAAGGAGUGCCGAAGUAGAAAAAAAUUCAUGGAAUAGCAUUUUCAGUUUGCGCUGUAAGAAAGAUGAAAAACUUUCUUCGUUUCCGUUUCGAUAUACGUGGGUUGGGUUGGGUUAAUCUUUCGAAAAAUUGUAUCGAAGAUAAAGUGACGCGUGUAUUUUUGUUUUUUUUUCUUUGAAAUGAAGAAGGAUAGAGUCGAUCGCUCGGAGAAAUUCGAUCGAGUUCCAAAAGUUUUCUUGUGUUCGUUUUUUUGUUCUUUUGUUAACAAAGAUGAAAUGAAUCACUGUCUCGAUUUAUUUCCAUGCAUUUUUUAUUUUAAUAAUCCAUCGAUUGGCACAAUUUCUUUGUAUACGAUGUGAUGAGCAACAAAGAAGUUACCGGUAAGGGUUAAACAAGAAAAUAAACAAGAAUUUUGAAAAAUGUUUUUUGAAACAAUAUCAAGACCAAAAUAUUUUUCUUACGACUAUCAAUUAAGAGCUGAAAGAAAAAUUUCUAUACGUUCAAUCGUCCACAUUUUCCAACGUUCUUUAAGAAAAGUCAUCAUAUUAUUUGUAUAUAAAGAAAACAAAAAAAAUAAAAAAAAAGGUGAACCACGUAAAUUCAUUUUCAUAAAAGCCGAAUUACAAGAUGAACGAAAAAAAAUGAGAAAUCAGUGCUGCCGAAGUUUAAUGCUUCACUUUGAACAGCAUAGACAAAGUUUCGUCGACGAGAAAUUUUUGAUAAUCCAAUAUACUGUACGUCGUCGUGUAGUUCGGAAGCGGAUGCACGAUAAGCUCGCGAGCGCGCGCGCGCGCGCAAGAGUCAAACAAGUGAUAUACCUAAAAAGCAAGAUUAUGUAUGUGUGUGUAACAACCAAGCUUUACAUAACGUAAGAUCGCCACGUCGAUUGUACAGGCGUGUGCGACAACUUUUUUUUUCGUACUCUAUUUCUUGUUCUUUUUUUCAUUUCUAAGUAAACAUUACUUUUUACACGUAUGGCUUAAGAGAGUUUUUUUGAAAAUGACUAUUACGA